GUCCGUCAUCUGUCAUUUUUCUCGUGGAUGUGCAACUUUACGGAUUUUUGCAGCAAUAUUUUUAUUUUUCAUAAUAAAAAGUUAUUUUUUGAAACAUAAAUAAUAAAAACAUUUGUAAAAAUGUUUGAAAGUGGAGAAUUCAUCGAUGACAUCGAAGAUCUCAUCUCGGCCGAUGAUAUUAAACCAAAAGAACGCUAUACAAACAAAAAGAAUGUGACGAUGCGUGCGAAAAAGCGCAUCACCAUUGGCUCCACCGAUCCCGAACCUCCACCGAAGGAGAAAAUCAUUUAUGAAAGCGUCAUUCCUGGAACUCAGACUGUCUUUGUCAAGACCUGGGGAUGUGCCCAUAAUAAUUCAGAUUCUGAAUACAUGGCUGGACAGUUGGCUGCGUAUGGAUACAAUUUAACAAACAACAAGGAAGCCGCUGAUUUGUGGCUCUUGAAUAGUUGCACAGUAAAGAAUCCUUCUGAGGAUACAUUCCGCAAUGAAAUCGAAUCGGGAAUGAAGAAUGGAAAGCACGUUGUCGUUGCGGGCUGCGUGCCGCAGGGAGCUCCUAAGUCAGACUACCUCGAUGGAAUGUCUGUCAUUGGAGUCCAACAGAUCGAUCGGGUUGUGGAAGUCGUUGAGGAGACUUUGAAAGGACACAGUGUCCGCUUGUUGCAGAAUAAAAAAGUCAAUGGUAAACGCGUUGCUGGAGCCAAACUUGCUCUUCCCAAAGUUCGGAAAAAUCCUUUAAUCGAGAUAAUUGCAAUCAACUCGGGUUGCUUGAACCAGUGCACCUAUUGCAAGACAAAGCACGCUAGAGGUGACUUGGCCAGCUAUCCGGUGGAUGAGAUCGUUGAGCGUGCCAAGCAGGCAUUUGACGAAGGAUGCUGUGAAAUUUGGCUUACUUCCGAGGACACUGGCGCCUACGGCAGAGAUAUCAAUUCAUCGUUACCAGAAUUGCUAUGGAAGCUCGUCGAAGUAAUUCCGGAGUCUUGUAUGAUGCGAGUUGGGAUGACAAAUCCCCCAUACAUCCUCGAGCAUUUGGAAGAAGUCUCCAAGAUCUUAAACCAUCCACGGGUGUAUGCCUUCCUUCACGUGCCCGUACAGAGUGGCAGCGAUAGUGUCCUAGGUGACAUGAAGCGUGAAUAUUGUCGCAAAGAAUUCGAACAUGUGGUCAAUUUCCUACGAGAACGAGUUCCUGGCCUCACCAUCGCCACCGACAUAAUCUGUGGUUUUCCCGGUGAAACUGAGGAUGACUUCGAAGAGACCAUGACACUCUGUGCCAAGUACAAGUUCCCGAGUCUUUUCAUCAAUCAAUUCUUCCCACGGCCAGGUACACCAGCCGCUCGAAUGACUCGCAUACCAGCUAACCUGGUCAAAAAGAGAACCAAACGCUUGACAGAUCUCUUCAACAGCUACGAACCAUACGCCGGACGUGUGGGAGAAGUCUAUAAGGUUCUAGUGACCGAAAUAUCCCACGACAAAAAGCACUACGUAGGACAUAAUAAAUACUACGAACAGAUACUUCUUCCCAUGAAGGAAAACCUCCUCGGGACAUCAGUUCGAGUGAAAGUCCUGUCGACGAGCAAGUUCAGCAUGAAUGCUGAAAUCAUUGACGAUGAAGACGACUGGAAGAAGUGCAGUAAAAAGAAGGAAGCAACCCAAAUGAAUGGACACAGCAAUCUAAGCAAGAACGAUUUGGAAUUGGAUUCCAAAAUUAGUAAAAAGGCUCUAGGAUACUUUUUAGUUUGUAUUUUUGUAGCUUUUGUUGCUCAGUUGUUGUAUAAAAUUUUAUAAAUAAACAUAAAAACUUGAAA